AUGUUCCUUGCAGCUUUGUCCUUUGCCUACUUUGCCAAGGCUUUAUCUGGCAGCUACAUGAAGAGCACAAUUACACAACUAGAGAGACGAUUUGACAUCCCCAGCUAUCUGAUCGGCAUCAUAGACGGGAGCUUUGAAAUAGGGAAUUUGCUGGUAAUUGCCUUUGUGAGUUAUUUUGGUGCCAAGCUCCACCGACCCAAGAUCAUAGCAGUUGGCUGCAUCUUGAUGUCUUUUGGGACCUUCUUGAUUGCCAUGCCUCAUUUCAUCAUUGGCCGCUAUAAGAUCGAAACAUCUAUUCGAUCAUCAGUGAAUUCAACCAAUAACCUCUCUCCAUGUCCAGCAAGCUCACCUGAAUAAAUACCCCCUUCUUUGUUGUAUAUUUUAGGUUGUGUUCAAACCAUAUCAAUUAUUGGUCCUGUCUUUGGCUACCUGCUGGGAUCACUGUGUGCCAAGAUCUACGUUGACGUUGGCUAUGUGGACAUGGAGACCGUCACCAUCACCCCCGGUGAUGCACGCUGGGUGGGGGCCUGGUGGCUCGGCUACCUCAUCGCCGGUGCUAUCACCCUCAUGUCUGCUGUUCCUUUCUGGUUCCUUCCUAAAUCCCUGCCAAUGCCUGUAGAGAAACACGAUACCAUGUGCACUCCAGAGCAAACCAGGUUUAUCAAAGACUCACCAACCAUGGAGCACAAGUUCAGACCAGAGGAGCCCCCUAAUUUGCAUCUGAUGGCCAACGAAUUUGUGCCCACAUUGAAGAAUCUCCUUGGAAAUCCCGUGUACAUCAUCUACCUGUGUGUGACCAUCAUUCAGUUCAACUCUCUCAUUGGUAUGGUCACCUACAAACCCAAAUACAUUGAGCAGCACUAUGGCCAGUCAGCAUCAAAAGCCAACCUUCUCAUGGGCAUGAUCAACAUCCCGGCCGUGGCCGUUGGGAUGUUCUCUGGAGGAGUUGUCAUGAAGAAGUACAAGCUGGGUAUCAUGGGAGCAGCUAAAUUUGCUUUUGGGACCUCCCUGGUGGGCUACCUCCUGUCACUCCUUUUCUUAGCCUUGGGCUGUGAGAACUCCAAGGUGGCCGGCAUCACAGUGUCAUACACCGGAGCGGAGGACUUGUCUUAUCAGGAGCUCUCUCUCUUCUCUGACUGUAACUCGGGUUGCUUGUGCUCAAGGAGAGAGUGGGAUCCGGUGUGUGGAGAGAACGGGAUCACCUAUGUGUCCCCGUGCUUAGCUGGGUGCACCUCCUUCAGCGGCUCUGGCAGGAACACGGUGUUGGACGAUUGCAGGUGUGUAGCGGCGGCUAAUCCCCGACCAGGCAACUUGACAGCCACUCUGGGCCAGUGUACGCACAGGGACAGCUGUGACAGAAUCUUUCCAUACUUCAUGGCUCUGUCGGUCCUCAGUUCCUUCAUCAUCUCUCUUGGGGGAACACCCGGCUUCAUGCUGCUUGUCAGGUGCAUUAAGCCUGAGCUAAAGUCUCUGGCUCUUGGAAUCCACACACUGGCCACUCGUACCCUUGCUGGAAUACCUGCCCCCAUAUACUUUGGAGCCAUAAUUGAUACAACCUGCCUCAAAUGGGGAUACAAAACAUGUGGCGGAAGAGGAGCAUGCAGAAUAUAUAACACCUCCGCUUACAGGAUCGUGUACUUGGGCCUGACACUGGGCUUAAGGACAGUCUCUUUCUUCCUUUGUAUUCUGGGGUUUGCUCUACUUAAAAGACAUAUUAAGAAGGAGGAGAAAAAUGCACUGACCAAUGGAAAUGCCGAGUUGGAGUCACUGAGGAAAGAGGAGAGCAGCUCCUUACACUGUGAGCAGUUUAUACUGGCCCUGGACUGCAAUCCAGACAGAGAGACUCGCUUGUGAGCACAUCCUCUGACUCAGCUAGCAAAGCACGUCACACGUACUGAGGAACACACACUGUGGACAGAUUUUGUAGCGCACAGAGUAUAUAUUUGUACAGGUUUUGUGUAGUUGUGCAAUAUCUGAAAUGGGUAAAUUUUUUAAACAUGUAUGCUGUUUCUGGACUGUAUACAAGUUGGUGUUUUUCAUGAAUGGAAGACUUUUGUAGAAAAAAAAUUGAAAAGAAUGUAAUUGUGCUGUGUUUUCUGUGUUUUUCGUUUUUAUGAUUAAACUUGAUAAAAUCAAA